AUGGAUCCAAAGAAUGAUGCUCCCACGCAUGGAGCCGUAGUCGAUAUCGGCGGUAGCAACAUGUAUGACGGCGUUGGCAAGCGAUUGCAAGAGGCCCUCACGGCUCCAUACUCUCCCACCUCCAAACCCACGCUGCCCGACGAAUUACUGUACGACGAUGUCGGGUUGCCGAUCUGGAAUCAAAUCAUCUUCACCCCUGAAUUCUAUCAGACUCAUGACGAGAUUGCUUUGUUUGAUGAGCAUGGCGCCGACGUUGCUGCGCGAUGCCCAGCUGGUGUCACAAUUAUCGAUCUAGGAGCUGGUGACACUCGCAAGGUUGGCCACCUUCUCGCAGCCUUUGAAAAGGGCAAAGUUCCCGCCAAGUACCUCGCAUUGGACAUAUCCAGAUCGUCACUGAAUCACAACGUCAAAUACCUCGUGGAGCAGCACCCGAGUCCUGAGUCUUCAGUGACCUGUGCUGGUAUCUGGGGUACCUUUGGCGACGGCAUGAGCUAUAUCCAAAAGAUCUCGACACCCCGUCUCUUUCUCUCGCUAGGUUCGGUGCUCUGCAACGAUCCUUGGCCUGAAGCACUUGCUCACCUGAAGUUCUGGGCCGAUGCCUUGCGACCUGACGACCUGCUUCUAAUUGGAAUGGACGGCCACACUCUUCCCAACAACAAGGAGAAGAUCUGGAACGCCUACCACUCUUGCGACGACCUCUACCACAAGUUCUUCUUGAACGGCUUUAAGCAUGCCAACCGUCUGGCAGGUGAGGAAUGGUUUCGUGAGGAGGAUUGGGAGCUCCUCGCGCAAUUGGAGGAUGAGCCCACUACUCGUCAUCGGUUCUUCUUCCGGGCCAAGAAAGAUGUGAAGCUUAAGAAAAUGAGCCGCAUCAUCCAGAAAGGCGAAGAGUUCGACUGGUUCGAUUCUCACAAGUACGGCGAAGAUAACGUGCGCCUCAUGUGCUACAAGGCAGGACUGAGCGUAAUCGAUGUGUGGCAGGCCCCAGGAUCGGAGUUCCGGCAAUAUCUCGUUCGCCGUAAAGACAGCAAGGACCAGCGAGACGACGCCGACAGUGCCGUCUCAGGAGUCAGUUACUAA